UGAUGCUCACAUGUUCUUUUUUUUUCCACGGCUGCCAGAGCUUCCUCACGUCCAGCCGCGGGAUUUUUAUUUUAGGAGCAGAAGGACCCAAAACUCGUCAGGUUUUCUCCUCUGAGCUCCUUUGGGACGUGCGUGGAGGGGGAUGGAGGCUGGGAAAGGGACCCUCCACACCACACCCAUGGCCUGCAACAACAUCUGCCGACCCUGCGGACCCACCCCGCUGGCCAACAGCUGCAACCAGCCCUGUGCCCUGCAAUGCCAGGAUUCCCGUGUCAUCAUCGACCCUGCCCCUGUGCUGGUCACCCUGCCAGGACCCAUCAUGACCUCCUUCCCCCAGAACACCGCCGUCGGAUCCACCUCCUCCGCUGCUCUGGGCGCUGAGCUCAGUGCCCAGGGACAGCCCAUCUCUGGUGGAUUUGGUGGCUUUGGCUAUGGUCUGGGAGGCCUGGGCUGCUAUGGCAGAAGAGGCUAUGGCUCCAUCUGCUAAGGGCCCUCAGUACCACUCCUGACACCAACAGCCCACUCCCUGGAACUCAUCUCAUGCACUGAGGAUUUCCUUCUGUGCCAAGGCUCUCUAAUGAUCUCAGUGAUUCCAAUUCCAAUGAUGCCUUAAGGCGUCAUCAGUUCUCAGGGCACCAAGCAAGGCAGUAGCCAUGGUACCAGGCCAGGCUGCCUGCAAACAUGACCCAUGUGCCUCCUGCUCUUCUUCCACUCCCUCCUCUUCAGCCAUGUCCAGUUCCCUCUGCUCAAACCCCUUCUCCCAAGCCAGAGUGAAUUGGGCUCCUCCAGUGUGCUGUUCCCAGUGAAGAGCAGGAACGCCUUGAUGCUCUGGCCAAACCUCCAAGAAAAGCUGCUCUGCUGAUGGUCAUCCUGGUCACCACCCACACCAGCUCCCUUCU